AUGUCAACUCUUAAAGAAAAAAAGGAGCUUUUUGUUUCCGACCUAUUAGGAGGCUCAAUCUCAGAAAUAUACUACGUAACUGGUGUUGCACUUAGCGCGUAUUUGGCAGUUUUAUUGUUGCAAAAAUACCAGAUACCUCUGCUGGUGCCGUUUGACUACUUUUUGAAUAAGUUGACGCUUUUGAUGUCGAUAACUAUAUAUAGUAACCAUGUGAAAAUAUUGCAUUUAUUGAUUUUAUUGCCAGUGACCUUGGCAGUACUUUACAAAAUCAAUGAUUCCAAAAGUGAAAAAUCCGAUACUAAGAAAAAUAAAAAUAAUAAGAAUAGUAGAAGUAAAAUUGACAAAAGUGUUGAUGGUGUUGAUGCAGACGAAGAUGGCCCCAAACCUCCUAAAUUGCUUGUCAGAAAAUCUUUUCUCACCGCAUACAGGGCCAGUAUGAUUAUCAUCACAAACCUCUCAAUCCUUGCCGUAGAUUUCAAAAUAUUUCCAAGAAGGUUUGCUAAAGUUGAAACAUGGGGCACAUCAUUAAUGGAUCUCGGUGUGGGUUCAUUUGUGUUCUCAAUGGGUCUUGUAAAUUCACGCUCCAUCAUUAAACAAAUCUUUGCACAAGAGAAUAAAAGGUACAGAUUUCUGAUUUCUCAGUAUGUCGCGCUUGUAUGGAAAAAUACAGUUAAGGCGUUGCCCAUAUUGUUGCUUGGGUUCAUCAGACUUGUAAGUGUGAAGUCACUUGAGUACCAAGAACACGUCACGGAAUAUGGAAUUCAUUGGAAUUUCUUCUUCACCUUGGGCUUCUUGCCGAUUGUAAUUGGGAUUUUGGAUCCUUUCUUGAACAUUUUCCCCAGAGCAUUUGUUGCUAUGUCUAUUGGGUUGAUCUAUGAAGUAGCAUUGAGUCAAUUUGACGUAUUAAAGUUCAUUUUGAGGACUGACAAUAGAAUGGAAUCAAUAAUCACCCAAAACAAAGAGGGGAUCUUUUCAUUUUUUGGUUACUUAAGUAUAUUCAUAUUUGGUCAAUCAUUUGGAUCCUUUGUGUUGACCGAUUUCAAAACCCCAAAAAACUUGUUGUGGACUUCAACAUACAAGGAGUAUGAAAAGAUGAAGUUAGAGAAGGGUAAGGGAAAGAAGAAGAAUUCGUUCAUAAGUCGUUGGUUAACCGUCACAACAUCUGAAGGCUUACUUAUAACGACCAUCUUUUAUCAACUACUUUUCUUAUACACCAAGGAUUCACCGUAUUUCAAUAAUAUUUCAAGAAGAAUCGCAAAUUUGCCAUAUGUCUUAUGGGUAGUGUCCUAUAAUUCCUUUUUCUUAUUGGGCUAUAAAGCGAUGGAACUGACUGUAUUUAGAGGUGAAAAGAAACAGCGCACAAGUACUGGAUCUAUGUUAUUAGAGGCAGUGAACAACAAUGGUUUGCUUUGCUUCUUGCUCGGAAACUUGGGUACCGGGUUAAUCAAUAUGAGCAUUGACACUAUAGAAUGCAGUGACGGCGUGGCUUUUGGAAUUUUGUGUGCAUACGGGCUUGUAUUGACAGUAAUUAUGAUUGUAUUAGAUCUAAACGGGAUAUAUGUAAAAAUUUAG